GUUGGAAAACUGCGCUGUUUACGUGGCAGCAAAAAGAGCAAAAAAAUCGAAUUGGGGAACUGACGUGGAAGUUCGUUUAGCUCGAAAUUUAUUUUGUUUUUUAACCAGCGACUCUUGCGCCGCGACGGUCGAGAGUGGAGGUCAACAUCGAGUGGUCAAAAUCGUGGAGUUUGUGGUCAGGAAUCCGGCCAAGCAGCCUCCAAAAUUGCCAAAUUACCAGGGCUUUAGACUUUGAGCCACCCGUGUUUUCUCUCCGCUUCGCGUGAAAGUUGUUUGGAGCACCCUCUCUCGGUUUGAAGGCAUUGUGACCGAUCCGGGCCAGAAAUGAAUCCGAAUAUGUACGGGCCGCCGCCCACGCAAUUCCAGCAACAGCAGCCCCAGUUUGGGGCUCCGCCGCCAAUUUCCGGAGGAUGGCCGCCGCAACAGCAGCAACCGCAGCAGCAGCAGCCGCCGCAGCAACAACAACUGCCUCCGCCGCAGCAGCAACAACAACACCCACCACAGUUCGGAGCACCACCGCCAACGUCAGCGGCACCACAGUCUUACCUCAAUGGCAACUACCAGCAGCAGCUGGCCACGUCGAUGGGUGGUUUGAGUGUGAGUGGCGGUGGCGGUGGAGCCAAUCCCCUGAAGCCACCACUCCCUCAAGGAGCUCCCGCUGCCGCUGCGCCGCCGCCAACAGGUUUCAAUCAGUUCAACUCGAAUGCGGCACCACCUCCGACCAACAACAACAACGCGGCAUUCGGUGCGCCACCGACGUCGGGACCUGGUGGCUAUGUCAACGGAGGACUACCGCCGAGCAGCACGCCACAGAGCGUAGCCAGUGGGAUUAACCAGAUGAGCUUAAAUAGCGCCAGCUUGGCCGGAUUGCCGCAUAUGCCGCCACCGAAGGCUGCGACUCCCGCAGCAGCCCCUGGUCAGCCUCCGGUACCUGGAGCAGGUGCUGCGCAGCCACCUCUUCCCGGUCAACCGCCACUGCCUGGACAGGCCCCACUUCCCGGACAGCUUCCCACAUCCCAGCCUGCUGCCGGUCCCUUUGGAGUGCCCAGUUCGCGGCCGGGACAGCCCCAGUUGCCCCCUGGCUCUGCUCCUCCUACGUACACGCAACCCGGAUUGCCGGGGCAGCAGCAGCAGGGAAUUCCGCCAUUUCAGCAACCAGGUUUGCCGCCCCAGCAGCCGGGAUUUGCCCCACAACCACAUGGCUUGGCGCCUCAAAGCCAACCAGGCUUGCCUCCACAGCCCGGAGCACCUUAUGGAGCCCCCCAACCAGGCGGCUAUCCAGGUGGCUUUCCAGGACAGGCUCCCGGAGGAUUCCCUGGAGCACCACCUCCACUCCAUCCAGGACAGCAGUCAGCAGCUCCACCCCAAUUCGGAGCUCCACAAUCAGGCUAUCCAGGUCAGCAGCCUGGCUAUCCUCCGCAGCCGGGUCAGCAGCCCAUGCCAGGAUAUCCACCACAGCCGGGACAGCAGCCGGGAGCACCAGGAUAUCCACCACAGCCAGGUGGCGGCUUUCCCGGCCAACCAGGGCGUCCUGGCUUUAAUCAACCUCCUAUGCCGGGAGCAGGAAACAUGUACCAACAGGCGCCACAGCCUCGACGUCUCGAUCCCGACCAGAUGCCCAAUCCCAUCCAGGUGAUGAUCGAGAACCAGCGUCUGGCUGGCGGACCCUUCGUCACCAAUCAGCCGGGAUUGCUGCCACCAUUGGUAACCACCAAAUUCGUGGUUCACGACCAAGGCAACUCUUCGCCGCGUUUUCUGCGCUCCUCGCUCUACUGCAUCCCCAAUACCGGAGAUCUCCUGAAGACCACAGCUCUUCCCUUGACGCUGAACAUUUCGCCGCUGGCCAAGACUGCUGAGGGAGAGCUGGAGCCACCGAUUGUAAACUUCGGUGACAUGGGACCCAUCCGCUGCAACAGGUGUAAGGCGUACAUGUCGCCCAACAUGCAGUUCGUCGAUGCCGGAAGACGAUUCCAGUGUCUGAUGUGCAAGGUGACUUCGGAGGUUCAUCCGGACUACUACCAGCACCUGGAUCACACUGGACAGCGUGUGGACAAGCAUGAAAGACCUGAGUUGCUGCUCGGAACUUAUGAGUUUUUGGCGACUAAGGAUUACUGUCGGAAUAACACUCCCCCGGAGAUUCCUGCCUUUAUCUUCGUCAUCGACGUCUCCUACAACACGGUGAAGUCGGGACUGGUUCACCUGCUGUGCUCCCAGAUCAAGAACAUACUCAAGCACUUGCCUGUGGACCAAGGACAAGAUAAAUCCAAGGUGCGAGUGGGUUUCAUCACGUACAACAGCACCGUGCAUUUCUACAACAUCAAGAGCAGUCUGGCCCAGCCGCAGAUGUUGGUGGUGGGUGAUGUACAGGAGAUGUUCAUGCCACUUCUGGAUGGAUUCCUGUGUCACCCGGAGGAGUCCGCAGCUGUAAUUGACGCUCUGAUGGAGGAGAUUCCCCGUAUGUUUGCCGACACCAAGGAAACGGAGACGAUUCUGUAUCCGGCCAUUCAGGCUGGCUUGGAAGCACUGAAGGCAUCCAAUGCAUCCGGCAAACUGCUGGUGUUCAACUCCACGCUGCCCAUUGCAGAAGCACCCGGCAAGCUAAAGAACCGCGAUGACCGAAAGCUUCUGGGCACGGAUAAGGAGAAAACCGUGCUCACCCCGCAGACCACGGCUUAUAACCAGUUGGGUCAGGAGUGCGUUCAGCAGGGCUGCUCCGUGGACUUGUUCGUGUUCAACAACGCGUACAUCGAUUUGGCCACAAUUGGUCAGGUUUCUCGGCUGACUGGUGGCGAGGUGUUCAAGUACACCUACUUCCAGGCGGAUGUGGAUGGCAAGCGACUGAUCGAGGAUAUAAUUAAGAACGUCUCGCGACCGAUUGCCUUCGAUGCGGUGAUGCGGGUGCGUACGUCGGCCGGCGUCCGACCCACGGAAUUCUACGGUCACUUCUUCAUGUCGAACACAACUGAUGUGGAGCUGGCCAGUAUUGACGCCACCAAAUCGGUGAGCAUUGAGAUCAAGCACGACGACAAGCUGCCGCCAGAGGAGAACGUGUACCUUCAGGUGGCGCUGCUGUACACCUCGUGCAGUGGUCAGCGGCGACUGCGUGUCCUCAAUCUGGCACUGCGGGUGACCACGACGAUUGCGGACGUGUUCAAGAGCUGCGACUUGGACGCCAUGAUGCUGUUCUUUGCCAAGCAGGCCUGUUUCAAGCUGAUGGAGCACACGCCCAAGCAGGUCAAGGAUAACCUGAUCCAUCGAUCGGCACAGAUCCUGGCCUGUUACCGGAAGCACUGCACCUCUCCCACCUCCGCCGGACAGCUGAUCCUUCCCGAGUGCCUCAAGCUGCUGCCGCUGUACGCCUCGUGUUUGCUCAAAAACGAUGCUAUUUCCGGUGGCUCAGACAUGACGCUGGACGACCGAUCAUACGUUAUCCAGUUUAUCCUGUCCAUGGAUCUGAACCAAUCCGUCAGCUAUCUGUAUCCCCGUUUCCUUCCCAUCCACAACGUCGUGCCCGAGGAGACGGAUCUGCCGACUCCCGUUCGCUGCACGCACGAAAAGACGCAAGAGGAUGGCGCCUAUAUCCUGGAGAACGGAGUUCACCUCUUCGUCUGGCUGGGCCAGGCACUGCCUCCAAGCUUUGUGCAGGCUGUUUUCGGCGUUCAGGGACUGCAGCAACUGGCCUUGGAGCGGUUCAACAUCGUGCCAGAGACGCCGCUGGCCAAGCGAAUCCACGGCAUCCUGGAGCAAAUCAUGAAGGAACGAUCGCGAUACAUGAGGAUCACCUGGUUGCGGCAAAACGACAAGCUGGAGAGCGUGUUCCGACACUUCCUCGUCGAGGAUCGCGGCACAGACGGCUCGGCCAGCUACGUGGAUUUCCUGUGUCACAUGCACAAGGAGAUCAAGGACCUGCUGAGUUAGCACGCCGGCUACUCAGGCGCUUACAAGCCCGAGCAGCGGUGGGCGGACAGCUAUUCCCAAAACAGGGCUCGGAUGCGUCGGCUGUCGUCCAUGCGCAGUCGCCUCGGCAAAUAAGUGGGGCAGAAGGCUCAGAAUCGAGGGCAAGAACUGGAGCCGACAGCUGGUGGAACUUCAAUUAUAUUUACAUGAAAAUACAUAUACAUAUAUAUUAAUUAAUGGCUAUCAUUUCGAGCGUAUCAAUUCUUCCAUUAAUUUUAUUAAAGUUUUCCCAUUUUUGCAUUGUUUUACUUUAUAUGUAUAUUUGUAUGUAUUUUUCAAACGCUACGCUAAAAACGGAACAUUUGUUAAAUGAGGCAACUGAUAAACUGCGAAAUUACUUAGAAAAAUUAUUCUCUUAUCAAAUUCCAUGAAUAUGUUUAAUUGUAAUUACAAAUUACUUGCAAAUUUCCCACAGUUGAAAACUACUAGAUGAUUAUGAUGGAUAGUAUAAGAUCGCAACUUUGUUUAUUUCCUUUUUGGCCUAACCGAAGUUAAUUUUAAUGUAUUUUUGCAAUAACUUGUGCGCUUCGCCCUGCUUUUUAUCAUACUUUAUGUCAUUGAAAGAUUAUUAUUAUAUUAUAACCUAAAUGUUUCGUGUGAGAAUUACUCGACUUAUAUGGUAUAUUGCCCCUUCUAUUAUCAAAAGGAAAACAAAAAUUGUGCGAAGGAAAAACACAUUUAUUGAGAACGAAAAACGGAAUAAAACUUUAUUAAAAAGCAAA